UCAUUUCAAAAUAACAAAUCGAAACAUCAAAAAAAAGAGAAGAAGAGAGAAUGGCAUCAACGGAGCAAAAGGAGGUAGAAGAAAAUGGGUCGAUGAUUUCAGGUUUGUUGGACAAAGCCAAAGGUUUCUUUGCAGAGAAGCUAGCGAAUGUUCCGACUCCUGAAGCCGCCGUAGACAACGUCGAUUUCAAAGGCGUGACACGUCAAGGUGUAGACUAUCACGCCAAGGUCUCCGUCAAGAAUCCUUACUCUCAGACGAUCCCUAUUUGCCAGAUCUCUUACGUCCUCAAGAGCGCCACAAGGACGAUAGCGUCGGGUACAAUACCGGACCCGGGUUCGUUGGUUGGGAACAAGACAACGGUUUUGGACGUACCGGUUAAGGUGGCUUAUAGCAUAGCGGUUAGUCUGAUGAAGGACAUUGGCUCGGACUGGGACAUUGACUAUCAACUCGACAUUGGACUAACCUUCGAUAUUCCUGUUGUUGGUGACAUUACCAUUCCUGUUUCUACUCAGGGUGAGAUCAAGCUCCCUUCCCUUCGCGACUUCUUUUAAUUUCAACUAUGGUUUGUCUUAAUUAUAAUCUAAUCUUCAAUAAGGUUCGACCCAUAAGCAUAGGCGAUCGGAUAUUUUAUUUCAGGAUUUCCUUUUUUUGUUAUUGAAUUGUUAAGGAUAUUUCGUAUUUGUUGACUAUGUAUGUUUGAAUGGUGUGAUUAUGAUUAUAAUUCCAUGCAUACAAUAAAACUAGAAAAUGCAAUAAUACCUGACUUUGAAGAUCAACAGUUCGAAAAUCGACAACUGAAUGAAUCAUUUAACAUUAGAUUCCUGAGGAUACUUUUUAGUUGUUAAAUGUUAACUUUGGUUGAUGGUUCAUGAGUAUAUUAAAGAAAUACUAAUAAACGAAAUAAUUAUGAUCAGAGAACAAAUAUACUGACUGACCAGAAGAAGAUGUGAGCUGUCUUAGAUCUCGGGGUUGGACAUAUGAGUAUAUUUUUCUACGUUGUCACUUGUCACCAGAAUUUGAUCUAAAGAGACGAGAAUCAAUGUCAUCGCAUCGGUAGAUACUAGUGUCGGAAGGAGGGCUUAGCAAACAAUUUCGUGGUCGGGACAUUCAGUUGAAAAGACGGCCCAAUCAGUUCAUGGACCUCAAUCAUACUGAUCAUUGCACGAAUAUGGGCUUUCAAAAUAAAAAGUCAAGACCAUAACUAUAAGCGCAAUCCAAAAAUACGUCGCAUAAGCCCUAAAUCACGCUCUAUAAAAACUCGAUCUAAAGAUCAUUUAACUUCCACAGCUCUUAUAGAGAGGCCUAAUCGCUAUUCUUCCCCGCCGUUUCUACGUUUCUUUGUUUAUUAUUCGAGUUAGAUCUGUCUUUUUUUUUUUUUUUCUGUGCUUUGGUUAUGGUGUGAAUUAUCUAUAUGUGUCUAGGGAUGCAAUGAAGAGUUAAUAUCGGAAAAGGUUUAAUUUGAGAUCGUGUGGGGCGAAUAUCGUUCUCGCGAGAUGAAAUCCGAUUUAUAUUAUGGUUCGUAUUCGCUGAGCAUUUCGAAUUUUUAGUUAUAAUAACGAGGGACCUAUGGGUGAAACGCUUUAAUCAAUGCGUAUUCAAGCCAAGUUUACCUUCGUAUAUUCACUAUCGGAGAUUGCCUGGAAUCCGUGAUUUCUAUUCCAGAUUUCAAUUAUGUUUCCGAUUAAAUUUUGGAUAAUGUUUUUAAUUGAUCGAGUGAAAAGCGAAGGACCCAGCAGGGAAGCGUGUAUACUCAUGGAAUGAGGCUUCUCUAACAAUUUUAUUUAACCUUCGUAGAUUAAGUCUCUCCAAGAGAUCAUUGGUGAUCUGUUAUCGGAUUGUCGCGAGUUCUUGGUGUAUAGUUUGAUUUGAAUAUUUGAGUUUUUUUUUUUGUAAAUAUGUUAUGUAGAGAAAAGCAGGGAUUGUGUGUAUCGGCUUAGCGCUAACAAAUGCGCUUUGUACGAAAGAUUUCCCAAUGCAAAAUCAAUUAGGGGCAGAUGGGCAGUUGUGAUUCAUUUUUUCUAUUGAAUAGCUCAACAAUCAUCUUCCCCACAUUUUGUUUUCUUUAUCCAAAAUUUUUCUUUAUCUUGGUCACAA